AGUUAUAAUUUCACUUUCAUUCUAAUUAGAUGGAUCCUUAAAAGUCAAGGAUCUAAAUAAAGAAAAAUUGGCAAAAAUAUUUUUUUUUUUUUGAGAAAAUUAAUUGGAGGAAAAAAAGUGAAAAGAUUAUUUACAGAGUAUUUUAACGUUUGAUAAAAAGUUUAAAAUUACUUUUUCAAUAGAUAUAGAUUAUAGAUUUUUUUUAAUGGUGUCAAAUUAAAGGAUUUCACACAGAAUCUGAAUGUCAUGGAGGGAGUACUUUUUUGACAAUUUUUUAUUUGGGAACAAAAAAAUAAGAAGGAAAAAGUAGAAAAGGAGGAUAGAAAAACCCUGUAAAAACCCCAGUGAGCUUUCCCCUUCGCCAUUGAUGGGUGUAGUGGAGAAGAGAGUAACAGCUACUGUAAGGGUAUCAAACAUACCAAAAUCUGCCACUGCCAAAGAUCUCUUCAACUUCUUCGAUUCCAAAAUCGGAAAAGGCUCAGUCUUCGCUUGCGACAUCUUUUCUGAACACAAAAAUUGGAAAUCAAGAGGCAAUGGCCGAGUCCAAUUCGAAACGCUACAACAAAAGUCACAAUCAUUAUCACUUGCAGAACAAGGAAACCUUAACUUUAAAGGGUACCAACUCAAUCUUGUUUCUUCUUUUGAUGAUAUUAUUGUGAGGCCUGUUGAUCCCGAGUGUAGGUUUGAAGGAGGGGCGUUGAAUGUUGGGGUGUUGGUGGAUAGUGAGGUAAUGGAGGUUUUGGAGAAAUGGGAAGGUGUGAAGAUGUUGGUUAUGCCGGAAAGGAAGAGUGUGGAGUUUUGGGUUGGUUAUGAAGGAGAGUGUUAUAGGUUGGAAGUACAGUUUGGGGAUGUUGCUGAGACUUGUAUCUGUGCUUUGGAAGACAAAAAAUCUGCGCUUCUUUUGAAGCUAAAAUAUGCACCAAAGCUUUACCAAAGAGUUUCUGGACCUGCUGUUGCUUCCAAGUUCAGUGCUGACCGGUAUCAUAUCUGCAAGGAAGAUUAUGAGUUCCUUUGGGUUCGCACAACUGAUUUUUCCGGCAUAAAGUCUAUCGGAUGUUCAUCCUCUCUUUGUUGGGAACUUGAAGACGGAUUGUUAAGUUCAGAUUUUCUUUCUAGUUUGCCAUAUUACAACAACUAUGUGAGAGAUCUAUAUCUGGAUAAAGUGGGAGAUAUUUAUUCUGCUUCUGAAUUUGUUCCCCUUGUGAAUUUCCCAUCAGAUCUGAAUCUACCAUACGAGAUCCUUUUCCAGCUUAACUCUCUCGUGCACACUCAAAAAAUUAGUCUUGGUGCUAUUGAUCGAGAUCUCAUCGAAGUUCUUAGCAAACUAGAAUUGGACACUGCAAUGAUGAUCCUUCAGAAAAUGCAUAAGUUGCAGUCGACCUGUUUCGAGCCUGUGAUAUUCAUCAAGACACGCUUGCAUGUUUUGGGUAAAAACAAUAAGAAUCAACCUUCAUUAUCCUACAGCAGGUUAGUGAAUCAUAACAUGAUGAGUGUUCACAGAGUCUUGGUAACACCAUCAAAGAUUUACUGCGUGGGUCCAGAGCUUGAAACCUCCAAUUACAUUGUGAAGAACUUUGCAUCACAUGCUUCUGAUUUCUUGAGAGUAACUUUUGUAGAGGAGGAUUGGGGUAAAAUUACUCCUAAUGCUAUUUCUAUGAGUGUUGAACAAGGUAUCUUUGCAAAGCCUUACAGAACUAAAAUCUAUCAUCGGAUUUUGUCUAUCCUUAGAGAAGGAAUUGUUAUUGGAACUAAAAGAUUUUUGUUCCUGGCAUUCUCGGCCAGUCAACUACGCUCAAAUUCAGUUUGGAUGUUUGCUUCUAAUGAACAUGUCAAGGCAGAAGAUAUCAGAGAGUGGAUGGGGUGCUUCAACAAGAUCCGUAGUAUCUCGAAAUGUGCUGCAAGGAUGGGUCAAUUGUUUAGCACCUCUUUUCAAACAAUGGAGGUCCCAUCUGGGCAAGUUGAGAUUCUUCCAGAUAUUGAAGUAACCUCUGAUGGUGUUAGUUAUUGCUUCUCAGAUGGUAUUGGAAAGAUUUCCCAAACUUUUGCCAGACAAGUUGCUCAAAAAUGUGGAUUGAAUCAUACCCCAUCAGCAUUUCAAAUACGAUAUGGUGGCUAUAAAGGUGUGAUAGCUGUUGACUGCAAUUCCUAUCGAAAACUAUCUCUUCGUGGAAGUAUGCUCAAAUUUGAAUCAAAGAACAGGAUGCUUAAUAUUACCAAGUGGAGUGAUGCCAUGCCUUGCUAUCUUAACCGGGAGAUUGUUAUCCUUUUAUCUACUUUGGGAGUUGAAGAUAAAGCUUUAGAGGACCUGCUAGAUAAUCAUCUCCAUCUUCUGGGCAAGAUGUUGACUACUAAUGAGGCAGCUUUAGAUGUUUUGGAGAGUAUGGGUGGUGGCGAUGUAAAAAAAAUCUUAAUGAGGAUGUUGCACCAAGGAUACGCACCCAAUUUGGAGCCUUAUCUCUCAAUGAUGCUUCAAUCCCAUUUUGAGAAUCAGCUUUCAGACCUAAGAAGUAGGUGUCGUAUAUUCAUCCCCAAAGGUCGAGUUCUAGUAGGAUGCCUGGAUGAAACAGGUAUAUUGAAUUAUGGCCAGGUUUAUGCACGAAUUACCAUGACCAAGGCUGAGAUACAAAAUGGUCAGCAAAAUUUCUUCCAGAAGGUGGAUGAAACAACUGCAGUAGUAAGAGGUAAGGUUGUAGUGACAAAAAACCCUUGUCUUCAUCCUGGAGAUGUAAGAGUACUCGAGGCUGUGUAUGAGGUGGCAUUAGAGCACAAGGGCUGGGUUGAUUGCAUUAUUUUUCCUCAAAAAGGUGAAAGGCCUCAUCCAAAUGAAUGCUCUGGUGGUGAUCUUGAUGGAGAUCUUUAUUUCAUAAGCUGGGAUAAAAAUCUCAUUCCUCCUCAAACAGUGACACCCAUGGACUACACUGGGCGAAGACCUCGUAUAAUGGAUCACGAAGUCACUCUAGAGGAAAUUCAGAGAUUUUUUGUUGAUUACAUGAUUAGCGACACUCUAGGUGCGAUUUCUACUGCACAUUUGGUUCAUGCAGAUCGUGAACAAGAUAAAGCUCUGAAUCCAAAAUGCCUCCAGUUAGCAACCCUUCACUCUAUGGCUGUGGACUUUGCUAAAACUGGAGCUGCAGCUGAGAUGCCCAGGUUCUUAAAACCAAGAGAGUUUCCUGAUUUCAUGGAGAGGUGGGACAAACCCAUGUAUAUUUCUGAAGGGGUACUAGGGAAGCUUUAUCGUGGUAUCGUCAAGGCUUUUCCUCAUAAGAACACAGAUGACCUUUGCACUGUUACAGCUAUCCAGGAUGCUUAUGAUCAUGAUCUUUUGGUAGAAGGUUACGAGGCCUACAUCGAAACUGCUAAAAGUCAGAAAGGAAUGUAUUUGGAUAAAAUGAGCAGCUUACUCAACUACUAUGAAGCAGAGAAAGAGGUUGAGAUACUGACAGGCAAUUUGCGCCAGAAGUCUGUGUAUCUGCAGCGGGACAACAGGAGGUACUUUGAACUAAAAGAUCGAAUCUUGGUUUCUGCUAAAAGCUUACACAAGGAGGUCAAAGGGUGGUUCAAUGGUUGCUGCAAGGAGGAGGAGCAUCAGAAAUUGGCGUCAGCAUGGUAUCAUGUCACUUAUCAUCCUGAUAACUGUCAAGGAAGUGCUAAUUGUCUGGGCUUUCCCUGGGUAGUUGGUGAUGUUUUGCUGAAUAUAAAGUUGCAUAAUACCAGAAAAAAUCUCCCCCUAGUUUCCAACCAUGAAAGCAACCCGUGUUAAACUUCACAACUUGUGUGAUCCUGCCUUGUUCAGAAAAAUGGGUAACAUUGUGCUUAAUGUAAGACUCUUAAACUCCCUUGUCAGAAGUGCUAUCGAUGCAAUCUGCUGUUAAUAAUUAUGAGUGAAAUCCUGAAUCCUUAUCUAUCGAUUAGAUGUUCAUUUGCU